CAAAGAAAUAACAAAAGCAAGGAAGAGAGGUGCCUAGCCUACAAAAUUUCAAUAUGUUGCAGUAAAUGAAACUGUAUUUUACAGUAUUUUUGCUUGUUUGUGUGAAAAUUUAUCAUUUGGUUGGUAUUUAAUGUUAUGUCGUCCACAAGUAACGGAGUCGUGCGUAGUGGCUCCAUCGGAGGAGAAUUUUAUGAUUUUUCAUGCAAGGUGAUGCUGAUAGGAGAUUCAGGUGUUGGUAAGACGUGUCUUCUGGUUCGCUUCAAGGAUGGUGCCUUCCUCGCUGGAAGCUUUAUCUCUACAGUUGGGAUUGAUUUUAGGAAUAAAAUAGUUGAUGUAGAUGGGUCAAAGAUCAAGUUACAGAUAUGGGAUACCGCCGGUCAAGAAAGGUUCCGGAGUGUGACCCAUGCAUACUACAGAGAUGCACAUGCCUUAUUGUUACUCUAUGAUGUUGCUAAUCGCCAGUCCUUUGAUCAUAUCCGGGCAUGGGUGGCAGAAAUCAAAGAAUAUGCAAGUGAAGAUGUUGUUGUCAUGUUGCUAGGGAACAAAGCUGAUAUAUCCUCAGACAGGGUUGUCAGGCGUGAUGAAGGAGAAAAAUUAGCAAGGGAUCAUGGGAUAGCAUUUAUGGAGACAUCCGCAAAAACUGGGUUGAAUGUGGAACUAGCGUUUAUAGCUGUUGCAAAAGAUCUUCGUGCAAAGAAAACAAGGAAACCCAACGACCCCUCGUUUAGUGUGAAGCAGUAUGUAGAUGAACGCAAAGUAAACCCUGCUAAUUGCUGUACAGCUUAAAAACAACACACAAUAAAUCCAAUACAACUGAUAAUCACCAGUCAUCGGCUUCACUUGCUUGAGAUCUCUUCUUGUUGCUAGGUUGUUGACACAACGGUAAUGUUUCAGAUCCGCUGAAUGUUGCGAUAUCUUAUCAGUGGUCAGUUUAUAGUCCAUGCGAGGUAAAUGUUAUAUGUAACAUUAUGAACAAGAUGUUGUUUUUUUUUUGUUACUGAGAUAUGUAUAUAAAAUGUUUUCAAAGAAAUAAUUAAGAGUGAUAUUUGUUGCAAGAUAAUAAGUUUUUGGAUAAUUUUAAUCCUUAAUAAAGAAAACUGAUAAAUGAAAAGCAAAAUGGUGAUAGCUUGAUCCUAUCGAGUACCAUAAUGAAAGUGUUGAUUUAGAUUAUUGGUAUUUGCAUCACAACAAGAUGAAUAUAUAGAAGCACCAGUAUGCCUGACUUAAGAGAUAUUACAUUCAGCAUUUUGUGUUAGCCUAAAGCAGGGUACUAUGCAGUAUACCACAUUGUUGUCUGUAAGGAAGUUUGAUGAGACAAAUUAUGUAUUUUUCCAUGUAUGUUGGAAGUCUGAUGGCCUCUUCAGACAAAGUGUGACCAAACAUUUGCUGUUGAGUUCUUAAGUCCUGUCCAGACUAUCAAAUUUUAUUUGAAAAAAAA